AUGUCUGGCACUGAACCAAUGACCAUGCAUAUAUUGACAAGGCUUAGCCCUCUGGCUGGUAAUGGUGAAUUGGAUGGCAUCGACAACAAUGAAGAACUAGGUCAAGCUUGCCUGGAUAUCAUGUGCGCAGCUCACUUGCCAGUAGAUGUGUCUAUUGCUGCUAAUGUGACGGUGACACCAGCCAUUGAUGUUAUGGAGCCCUCUUUGGCAGAACACCAGGGUGUACCCAAAGGAGAACAUGGUGCUAUUCAGGUAGCUCUGGAGCCUAAGGACGAAGAGCAACUGGAUGGCGAGCCAGAAGUCUCUUCCUCUACAAGCAUUAUUGAUGAAGAGAUGCUGCUGCUACCUCACAAAGAGGAGGCAGCGCACAAUGCUGGAGAUGCUCCUGCUCCAUCUGUUGAUUCCUCCCUCAUUUCCAACACAUCUGAACCCCAGCCUCUGCUCUCCCUGCAUACUGCUGAGCAUGAUUUCCCUCAGCAGGAACACCAGCCCCAGCCCCAGCCCAAAACACAUCCUCCUGUUCCCAUUGUGCAAAAUCCCCCCCAGCAGCAGCAAGUGCAACCUACUGCCCAUAGUGCUAUGGUACUGGCUCUAGAAGAACAUCUCAGGGGUCUCCAGCUUGACGACAUUGAGUUCUGGCUGCUGGCAGCUGAACACCUGAAGAGGGGGCUUACAGGAGAUCUUGAUGAGAUAAUGGGACCUGCAGGCAGACUUGCUAUGGAGGAGAGGCAGUAUUCACAUUUUCCUAGGGCCUCUGAAAGAAAUCAAGCUCAUUUGACCAACCAAUGGGACACAGGCAUGUCAGGAGCAAGUUCUGCACCAGAAAGACGUGCAGCAGUCACACUCACCCCAGAAGAACAGCUACAGCAAGAGAUCUGCAAAUGA